UCAAUAUGAAGCAAGGAAAGAGAUUGUAGAUUAUAAGGUAUGAAAACAGUGUGAGAAAGAAUGAAGCCCGGAUCCGAGAAAUGAAAGGGGGUCAUAUGCAUAGGUACCGCCAGGACGAAGUACUUUCUGUUCUCUCCUCUCCACAAUUCUCGUUUAAUCAUUGAAAGUACAACCAAUCGACAAUCAAUCAAUCAUGAAGACUACAAGUACCUUAUUGAUGAUCACCAUUAUUUCACUGUGUAUGCUCACUCAAGUCUUGACUAGUCCUGCGGUAUGUAUCUGUAAGUUGCAGAACGUGAAUGAGAUCAAUCACAUACUUAACGAUCUGCUAUUUAGGCUCAUAUCCUCAAACGAUUGCCUGACAAAAACGAACCCAUUGCUCCAAAUCCAGGUCCACAAUGUUGUGGAAAUUAGAGCCUGGAAACCAGCAUAUAUUCGCUUCUCUACCAAUGUGUUUCCCCCGCUUCAUAUGAUGAUGAUCAUUGUGAAUAAAUGCACUGUUGUCAUAGCUUAUCUCUAAGAGCAGCAACGUGUGCAUGUACCUGUGGCUGAACAUUCGCGCACAGCCUACCCGGCAUCUAAGAAGCUUCCUCUGCCCUGACGCCUUGAUGAUGUG